GGCUUUAGUCGAGUUAUAACUGAGUGAAAGUAUCAAGUGAGGUGAUCACAAUGAAUAACUACUUCCUAGCGCACGUUAUUAGUUUAUUUGCUGUUGUUCAUUUCGGACACAGUCAAAAAGAGGAUUUUAAAUGUCCAGAUGACUUCGGAUUCUAUCCCCAUCAUUUAUCGUGUGAUAAAUACUGGAAGUGUGAUAACAAUGUCGCUGAGCUGAAAACUUGCGGGAAUGGAUUGGCUUUUGACGACACUGACCCGAAAUACCUUAAGGAAAACUGUGAUUACCUGCACAAUGUUGACUGUGGAGAAAGGACACAGAUAGAGCCCGCCAUCGGAACGCCCCACUGCCCUAGGUUGUAUGGUAUCUUCGCCGAUGAUUCUAAGUGUGACACUUUCUGGAACUGUUGGAAUGGAGAAGCCAGCAGGUAUCAGUGCAGUCCUGGAUUGGCCUACGACAAAGAAUCCAGAGUGUGCAUGUGGGCUGACCAAGUAGCAGAAUGUAAACAAGAAGAGGUUGGAAACGGAUUCGCUUGCCCGGCUGCCGGAGAAGUUGCUGGCUCCUCAGGAUCGUUCUCCCGUCAUGCUCACCCUGACGACUGCCGCAAGUACUACAUCUGCUUAGAAGGAGUCCCACGAGAAUACGGAUGCCCCAUCGGCACAGUCUUCAAGAUCGGAGACACCGACGGAGCCGGAAACUGCGAAGAUCCCGAGGAUGUUCCCGGCUGUGAGGACUACUACGGUGACUUGGACUUGAAGAGCAUUAGGAAGAGUGAACUUUUAGCCGGACUUCAAGGCGGUAGCGGAGGAAGCAGUCAAGGCACUAGCUCCAACCAGGCCAGGACCUUAAACAAUCAAUCUGAGGCCAAAGUCUCACCGAAAUCCAGCAAGCAGCCCAGGCCUGCACCUCAACAACCAGUACAAAAUGCUCCUAGUCGACCAGCCCCCAGCCAAGCUCAAAGAAGCCAACCUCCCAAGCAAGCCCCCCAGGCGCCCCUACAGGAAUACGAAGACAACUAAACUUCAAAUUAAUACUACCAACAGCAAUUCUAUAGCUGAAAUUGUCGUAAAUGUCACGAACUUGGAGACUGAAUUUAACUAUUCCCUCUUAUGAUCCCAAUCCCCAAUUUGCCCGAUCGUGCCUUGCUCAUUGUUUUCUCAUCAAACUUUGUUUCAAUGUCUUGGCAUAUAUUUUUAUAGGCACUAGAAAAAAAUUAAUAUCGGAUCAACUUAUGAUACGAUACUUUGAAAUUUCAUUUUGAAUGUUUUCCUGGAUUCCUUUACAGGGAUAAUUACUUUUAUUCUUUAAUUUUUCAAAUAUUCGAGGCUCAAAUUAUAAUUGUAAGAAAUCUCACAAAUAUGCUUAUUUUCUCGUCUCUAGUAUGAAAAUAAGGGUACAUAAGCCAGCGAUUGCUCGAAAAAAAUUUACGUUAUAACUAGUCCAUAUAAUUGUUAUGCCAAACUUAAUUUUUGGAGUAAUUUUCUAAGAUUUUUCAAGUAACUUUCUUCAACUAAAAUUUACUUUUUGGAUACAUGUAUUUCACGCUAACAUUAUCCAUUGCGUAUGUUUCGUUUUCAGUCAAGGUAAAAACUUUCCUUGAAAAGUUUAUCAAUUCAUAGUAACUUAACUUUUGUCGUUAUAACCAGGGAAUUUCGGAAAAAUCAACCUUUGUUUUAUAAAGAAUUAAUAGAAUGAGCUAUUUUGAAAAUGAGGCCAGCUUCUAUAUUCAUGCCUAAUAAGAGCUACUACGUUAGUUUUGAAACUGUGAUUAUAUAUCAAUUCCUCGUCCAUGACGCAUGCACUCAAAUUAAUCAAGAUUCUAAGAGUUACUUCCUCAGCGAUUUUCAUAAAGGUUUGUUUAGCCUUUUUUGUUAUCAGUUUAAAGGUGUCACUAACUUAUUGUGUUCAAUGAGAUCAAAUUAUAGAAGUAUCUAAAUGCAUAAUUGACAAUACAGUCAAAGAAAAAUUACAAAUGAUUAAACUCCCUCAAAAUAAUGUCCGUUUUUCUCAUCGUGUCGAUUUAAUUGUAAGUACCUUUAUCUUGCACGUGCUAACGAAACUUAUGAAUAAAACUAAUUGCUCGAUAAGAAAUUUUCCAUCAUUUGAUUUAACACCACCAGUAACCUAUGACAAAGUAUCAUACCAAGAGAUGAACAGUGUUAGUAUAGUUAUAUAUAUGGUUACUCAAAAUGUAUUUAUAAUUACUUUGAUCUACGAUGAUGUACUAUUUAAGUUUAACUGUAUGUGUAAAUAGUUAAUAUAGUACUUGUUCAUAAAAUAAUAGAUUAAGAAUGUUCAAUAGAAUCCAAAACUGAAAUAAAUAUGGACACCACUUUCUA